GCGCUUCGAUCCAUUCUCAGUGAGGCUACGCAACUCUCCGCUCUUAGGUUCAGUACAUGCACGGGAAUCGUAAUUUGCAGUUUACAAAAAUAAAUAAAUCGUAGAUAUUGUUAACCACGCGUCUAUUUCGUUGUCUGUGAUACCACUAUCAGAUCCCAUGAACGUGAAGUUAUUUAAGGAAGAUAUCGUUGGAAUAACCCUUGUGAUGUUGACUGAAAAUGUGAUUCUGUAUGUACUGAAACCUACGUUACUUGCAGAAAAACAGUGUUAGUUAAAAAAGAUAAAGCCAUUGAGUAAUUAUCUUUCUGGAUAAGUUAAAACCUUGUGAUUUUUGUCUAAUAUUUGUCUACCACACAACACUGGAAAGUCUAUUGAUGUCACUCGUGCAGUACUUGGAGGCGCUCAGUCUUAUCGACUCAGCUGUCUGUGACGGGAAUUCAUGUUCACGUGAAGGUUUGUCAGUUAUUGGCUAAUCUGCGAACUGCUGAAUAUAACCAAUAGUAAUCGAGACAGCACGUAUAUUAAACAGAUAGACCAAAAAGUGAAAAAACAAACAAACCAGAAAGCAAUUACUUGGAAGGGAAAAUAUUACCUUUUAUGGAACAAAAGCAAGGGUCGUGAUGGCUUGGUGAGCGGGCCGCCGAGUGUAAUAUCAGGUAGCGAGGAGGAGGCGAGGGCGCCGAAACCCCGAACGUGAGAGCGUGAGUUGCAGCCUUUACACGACAUGUCUCGCAUUAUUAAGGAUAUUAAGGAUUCGUCACAUUCCCGCUCUGUCCCCGAGGGCGCCUCAGCGUCUCCCGGUGGAGCUAUUCCUGCACCAGCGAGUGGUGCCUGUUCUCCCAUAUCAGGCAACAAAAUCGUCAAAACCUGGCGAGUAAUGGGUGACAGGACUCGGUCUAAGACCAAGGAUAUUCUGAAAAGGUGGCAAACAAUGAACAACGGCCAGACGUCAGAGGACUCCCUCGGUGGGCUUGACGAAUACAGCGACAUGAGCGGAAGCUCGGAGAGCGAAAGGUGCGGACACCGAGGCAAGAAAGGCACCUGGAGCGUGCACGUCUGGACUACUUGGGUCCGACGGCCUUUUGAAGAUGACGAUGAGCUUCAGCCUGCGGAAGGGAAGAUGUAUCUGACUGACUUCCAGGUCGAGAAAUUUACCUAUUACUUUACCGAUGUUUUUGAUCACAACAAAGAUCGAAUAAUCACCAUUGAGGACAUCCAUGCUCUCAACGAAAGAAUGCGCCAUUAUGCAGGAUGGUCUGAAGACAAUGAGUACUACCUUACCAUGAAGGAAAUCCACGCUGACUUCUUUGAGUGUCUCCUAGAACACGUUGGUAAAAUUGAGCCUGAAUAUGGAUUCGAGUUCGAUGUGGACCGUAUCCCUGACCGUGUGCAGAUGUAUCAGUGGCUGAACAUGUGGGGCAACUUGACUCAUGGCGCAAGAGCAAUGGCUGACUUCCCUAUUUGGCUGCAAAUCCUUCCGAAGAUUCUGUUUAAAGUUAUCAACAGGAAAGAUGAUGGCAUCAUCUCGUACGAUGAACUAAGGUGUUUCUAUGCACUUUUCAUCAAGUUACCUGUGGACGAAGUGGAUCAUGUGACCGAGGAAGCUUACAGGGCUCUAACGUCGUCCACCUAUCCAAUGGAACAACUAACUGGUUUCCCAUCAAGAGAAGUGUCCGGCAAGGUUGUCAAGAAAAUAAAACGCAUGGUAAUUUCGGAGUCAGAUAUCCCACCAACUUGGUCAUUGAAAGAAGAUGUAUACCCCAUGAUGCUGCGAAGACACUUCUUAAGGAGUUAA